AUUAAAUUCAAGAUGUUCAUGAAGAGAGCUUUCUCAGUUUUGAAUAAAAACUCCAUCUCAUCUGUUGUGAAGAACUCUGAAAAUGCUGUCAGAGGACCUGUUGCAAUCAGAGCUAUUCAGAUGAAGAAGGAAAUGGCUACAGGAAAGAAGUUCAAGUUCGAGAAGCUUGUACCAAUGCAUAGUGGAAACCCUCAAGCAUUAGGACAGCCCCCAAUCACUUUUGGAAGAGAGGUUCUAUCAAUUAUGAUGCAUCACCAGUUCGGACAAGAUGUUAGCUAUGAUAGAUACAGUGUUGAUGCUGUUGAUAGAGCCAGACACUAUUUGGAGAACAUGGAUCCUCAGGCAAUCGGAGCUUACGCUGGAAAGCCAGAUGGAUACGAUCCAAUCAAGAAGGAGGUCAUUGAUUUCAUUAGAGAAAGAGAUGGUGUUGAUGUCGAUCCCUCUAAGUUGUAUCUGAGUACUGGUGCUAGCGAGGCUAUCGAAAUCUUCCUCAGACUCUUGAUUAAUGAUCCCAAUGAUGCAGUUAUGAUUCCUACUCCUAAUUAUCCAUUAUACAGUGCUUGCUGCGUUGCUUAUGGAGGCCAAGAAGUAAGAUACGGUUUGGAUGAAAACAAUAACUGGGCUCUUAACCUUGAAGAUCUUCAAAAAUCAUACCAAGAUGCUAAAGAUAGAGGACUUAAUCCAAAAGGUAUUGCUGUGCUUAACCCAGGAAAUCCAACUGGACAAGUCUUGACUAAGCAGAAUCUUAAGGACGUUAUUGAAUUUGCUUAUGAGAACAACUUGCUAGUGAUUGCUGAUGAAGUUUACCAAGCAAAUGUAUACAAUGGAAAUGAAUUCCAUUCAAUGAGAGGAGUAAUGGAAGAACUGGGAGAUCCAAUCAAAAGCAAGCUCGAAAUGGUAUCCAUGCAUUCUGUAUCUAAAGGAUUUACUGGCGAAUGUGGUCUCAGAGGUGGAUAUUUUGAAUUUACAAAUUUGGAUUCAUUCGCUGAAGAAAUGAUUUAUAAGCUUAAAGCUAUAAAAUUCUGUGCCCCAACUCCAGGUAUGAUUGCUGUUGGAACAAUGGUAAACCCACCAAAGGAAGGUGUCAACUCCCCAGAAGUUGUAUCUCUCUAUAAUAAGGAAAAAGACCAUGUUUUUGGAGGACUUCAAAGAAAAGCUGGAGAGUUGUAUGAAAAGCUUAACAAUAUGGAAGGAAUCACUACUAACGAAACCCAAGGAGCUUUGUAUUCAUUUGCUAGACUUCAUCUGCCAGAAAAAUUCAUUGCUGAGGCCGAUUCCCUUGGUAUUCACCCAGAUCUCCACUUCUGCUUGAACUUGUUAGAAGAAACAGGAAUGAUCACUGUACCAGGAUCAGGAUUUGGUCAAGAGGAAGGAACCGCCCAUAUUAGAAUGACCAACUUAAUCUACAACGACAAAGUGAUGGAUGAUUCUAUGGCUAAUAUGCACAAGAUGGUCUCUGAAUUGCACGGAAAAUAUUCUUAACUUAUCCUUAUCAUGCUUGUCCAUCA